GGCUUUUCUCCCCUCAAGGUGAACUUCACAGUAGACCAGAUACGGGCCAUUAUGGACAAAAAGGCCAACAUCAGAAACAUGUCCGUGAUUGCCCACGUUGAUCACGGCAAGUCAACCUUGACUGACUCCCUGGUGUGCAAAGCCGGGAUCAUCGCGUCUGCCCGUGCGGGGGAGACCCGUUUCACCGACACAAGAAAAGACGAGCAGGAACGGUGCAUCACUAUCAAGUCAACAGCUAUCUCUUUAUUCUACGAGCUCUCUGAAAACGAUUUGGCCUUCAUCAAGCAAAGCAAGGAUGGUUCUGGUUUCUUGAUCAACCUGAUUGAUUCUCCCGGGCACGUGGACUUCUCUUCGGAGGUCACUGCUGCUCUUCGUGUUACUGACGGCGCCCUGGUUGUGGUAGACUGUGUCUCUGGUGUAUGUGUGCAGACAGAGACCGUGUUGCGUCAGGCCAUUGCCGAGAGGAUCAAGCCUGUUCUCAUGAUGAACAAGAUGGACCGAGCGCUGCUGGAGCUGCAGCUGGACCCCGAGGAGCUCUACCAGACCUUCCAGCGCAUUGUGGAAAAUGUGAACGUCAUCAUCUCCACGUACGGAGAAGGAGAAAGUGGUCCCAUGGGAAAUAUCAUGAUUGAUCCAGUGCUUGGUACCGUUGGCUUUGGUUCUGGCCUGCAUGGCUGGGCUUUCACUCUGAAACAAUUUGCUGAGAUGUACGUUGCAAAGUUUGCUGCCAAGGGUGAGGCUCAGCUGAAUCCAGCAGAGCGUGCCAAGAAAGUUGAGGACAUGAUGAAGAAGCUGUGGGGAGACAGGUAUUUUGAUCCUGCUACUGGCAAGUUCAGUAAAUCUGCCACCAGCCCUGAUGGAAAGAAACUGCCCCGGACUUUCUGCCAGCUCAUCCUUGACCCCAUCUUCAAGGUUUUUGACGCAAUCAUGAACUUCAAGAAAGAGGAGGCUGCUAAACUGAUUGAGAAACUGGACAUAAAGCUUGAUAGUGAAGACAAGGACAAAGAGGGCAAACCCCUGCUGAAGGCUGUGAUGAGGCGCUGGCUGCCUGCUGGAGAUGCCCUGCUGCAGAUGAUCACCAUUCACCUGCCUUCUCCUGUCACAGCCCAGAAAUACCGCUGCGAGCUGCUGUACGAAGGACCCCCUGAUGAUGAGGCUGCCAUAGGUAUUAAGAACUGUGACCCCAAGGGGCCCCUGAUGAUGUACAUCUCUAAAAUGGUGCCAACAUCUGACAAAGGACGUUUCUAUGCUUUUGGACGUGUUUUCUCUGGUCUCGUCUCAACUGGCUUGAAAGUCAGAAUCAUGGGACCAAACUACACACCUGGCAAGAAAGAGGAUCUGUACUUGAAGCCAAUCCAAAGGACCAUUCUCAUGAUGGGCCGUUACGUUGAACCCAUUGAGGAUGUGCCUUGUGGUAACAUUGUUGGUCUGGUUGGUGUUGACCAGUUCCUCGUGAAAACUGGAACCAUCACGACGUUUGAGCACGCUCACAACAUGAGAGUCAUGAAGUUCAGCGUCAGCCCUGUUGUGCGGGUGGCUGUUGAAGCCAAGAACCCCGCUGACCUGCCCAAGCUAGUGGAAGGACUAAAGCGUCUGGCCAAGUCUGACCCCAUGGUGCAGUGCAUCAUUGAGGAGUCUGGAGAACACAUCAUAGCUGGUGCAGGGGAGCUGCACCUGGAGAUCUGCCUGAAGGACCUGGAGGAGGACCAUGCGUGCAUUCCUAUUAAGAAAUCCGAUCCUGUCGUGUCUUACCGUGAGACAGUCAGUGAGGAAUCCAAUGUGAUGUGCCUUUCCAAGUCCCCCAACAAACACAACAGGUUGUACAUGAAGGCCAGGCCCUUCCCCGAUGGAUUGGCUGAAGACAUUGACAAGGGUGAGGUCUCGGCCCGCCAGGAGCUGAAGCAGCGAGCUCGUUACCUGGCUGAGAAGUACGAAUGGGAUGUCACCGAAGCAAGGAAGAUCUGGUGCUUUGGUCCUGAUGGCACUGGCCCCAACAUCCUGACAGACAUCACCAAGGGAGUGCAGUACCUUAAUGAGAUCAAGGACAGUGUUGUGGCUGGCUUCCAGUGGGCUACAAAGGAGGGAGUCCUGUGUGAGGAGAACAUGCGUGCUGUUCGUUUUGAUGUGCAUGAUGUGACCUUGCACGCUGAUGCUAUUCACCGUGGAGGUGGUCAGAUCAUUCCCACUGCCAGGAGGUGCCUCUAUGCCUGUGUGCUCACUGCUCAGCCCAGACUCAUGGAGCCCAUCUACCUUGUGGAAAUCCAGUGCCCAGAGCAGGUAGUUGGUGGCAUCUACGGUGUGCUGAACAGGAAGCGUGGCCACGUCUUUGAGGAGUCCCAGGUGGCUGGCACCCCCAUGUUUGUGGUCAAGGCCUACCUGCCUGUCAACGAGUCCUUUGGUUUUACAGCUGACUUGAGAUCCAAUACAGGUGGCCAGGCUUUCCCCCAGUGUGUGUUUGACCACUGGCAGAUCCUGCCCGGGGAUCCUUUCGACAGCGCUAGCCGUCCUUGCCAGGUUGUUGCCGAGACCCGCAAACGCAAAGGGCUCAAGGAGGGUAUCCCUGCACUGGACAACUUCCUGGACAAAUUGUAAAAGCCACCUGCCCCAGCAUCACUCAGUCACUGUUGUUGGACUCUG